AGAAAAUCUUUUGUUAACAGUUCAAACUCCCUGGCACCAUCCCCUGAAUAAGGGGCUGGGGGAGGUUUGACACCCUCCCAGAUCACUUGAGCACAAAGCUUUAAAAGGAGCAAUAGUGGUCCUGCUAACGAGGUACUAUGCCCGGUUGGUGGACUUUCCUUACCAAAGUGGCAACACAGAGGUUUGGUCAGAAAGCUGAUAAGGGUAUGACAACCUUACGGAUUAGGCAAUACCUAAUCUUACUGGUUCUUCGUCAGAGCCGGGCGCCGUCCAUCACGUGGCGUUUGUCCACGGGUCAAGGAGAGUAGAACCGGCGGGGUCUUUCUUAGUGUUUUGUGGUACAUACCAAAAGGUUUGUCAUUUUAUACCGAUUGAUAUGGCUUUCAAUUUGUUUACCACAUUCACCGAGAGGCUCCGCUUGGUCUCUUGGCGCAGUGUUUUUGAAGACACUCGGUCACUCCGGCGUUUCCUCAUUCGGAUCGCCUUAGUGGCUACUGGGCUCGUUAGUAAAGAAUCAGCGAUUGUUUGUCACGUCUUAGCAGGCAAAGUACUUAGAAUGUACAAGACAUCGCGGGACCCUUGUUUGCGUAUUAUUGUAAGUCUGCCUUUACUUAGUAUUUAUUUCCGACCCGACUCCAUCGCUAAGUCGAAUAGAAAGCAAAGACCUUGGAAAGAAAAGAUCUUUCACCCGGAUUCCAGGAAAAUGAGCUGCCAUUAUGAACCGCUACCAUACCAGACCAGAUUUGACAGACAAGCUCCGUUGCAAGAGUAUUCCAUCUAUCCAAAAUCCCGCAAACGCUUGGAGUUGGAUCCACAACAAAACUCAACCGUGGUCGUCCAGCACGAUAAAUUUUGAACUUACACCGAAUCGCGAAUCCCGUGCAAUUGAGAUUUUCUAGUUGAAUUCAUUCACAAAACCCCGGGAAUUUUAGAUGAAUCACUCCAUAACGAAAAGUGCUAAGGUCCUCUCAUUUACUAUUUGCGUAAGUUAGUUUUUUAUAUAAAAGAGGGCAAAACUGUAUGAAAAAGUUGCUAAAACUCGUCUUUUUUCGUUACUUUGACCGGGAUGUAAAGAUGUAUUUUAUAACCUUGUCUGAUGCUGACCACAUGCAUUAGGCAACUGUUCAGCUAUUACUCACGUUAGCUGCAUCUCUUCCGAGACCAGGCCCUUUUCUCACUCGUCGAUGGAGAACCUCACCCUCAGGCUCAAAAAUCGUCGUUCUUACGCUUUCGGGGGUCUCCCUCUCUACAGUGAGGUUCUGUUUGAAGUUAUGAUUGAGACAAUGAGUCACAGGUCUUUCUUUUAUUCCCUUGGAAAUG